AAGGAAAACUCAAAGAAGGUGAACGCUCAAAAUUAUGGAAAAAGAUACUUCGGAAAAUUAUCAACUAUAUGAAUAAUAAUAAAACGCGAUUAAUCGGUAUGAGCCCUGACCAUGCUAUGACAUUGCGGGAAGUGAUUCCCAAAGUAACCAUCAAACCUAAAAGACCUAUUGGGAAAGAUGAACUGCGAUUACAAAAAGGAACGACUGUAAGAUAUUUAUUAAAACCAGGUUAUUGUUGGAAGGAAUCCACCACAGCCAGUCUUAUACUAUCUCGAAGAUGA